CCUCUCGUUCGGUACUAUAUUCCUGAAGCGUCCUUCCAUCGAGUCGAUUAGCGGUUGGACAUCAGCGAGGCGUUGUCACAUAAUUCGAAUCAACAAUGCCAUCAAGUUCACCGGAAAGACACCUGGUCGCGCCGGACAACAGCAACAUCGCUUCCAGACAAGCAUCCCAAGACUCGGACCGCGAAGUAAAAUACCAAACAGGACUGAUGCCCGCCGAAUAUGCGGGCCUCGAGGUGGCCUCGCCCUCACCGGGCAUGAAAUACUACCAGCCUACGCCGGGAGCCGCCCCUGAGUCGGUACCGGCACCGGCCCCGGGCGGAUACGCGCCAUACCAAGAUCAGCACACCGGGUACGAAAGCCACCAGUACCCCGCACACUCCACGGCCGCCGGAACGGCUUACGGCGGUAGCCAGGCGGGGAUGCCGCCAAAGAAGAACAAGAGGAUAUGGGGCAUCCCAGUGGCAACGUUUUGGGUGGCUAUUGUCGCGUUGGUGUUCUUUCUCGGGACGAUUGGCGCGUCUGCUGCGGCGGGAACGAUUGCCCAGGCGCAUGCGGCGUAUGUGCAGACGUGCGAGGCCAAACUCGAGAAAUCUUCGUCACCAUCAGCGUGCGCUUCAAGCGGAUCGUCAGCGGCAUCCGCAUCCGCAUCGGCCUCUGGAGCCUCUGCGCUCUCAGCAUCAGCCUCGGUAACAGCAUCGUCCGCUUCCUCCACUUCAACCUCACUCGCCUACAUCCCGCUCCCAGGCCAAGCCUCCUCGAUCCUGGGCGAAGCGACGACAAAUUGCCCAGACCUCAGCUCAGAAAACAAGACGUACACGGUGCCGAACUCGAAUCUGCGCUUCGUGCGUGAGUGCGGCAAUAAUUAUCCGAUGAACGACCUGGGCCACAUCCCGCUGACGAGGAUGGAGGACUGCAUGAACCUGUGCGCGGCGCUCGCUGUCACGACGCAGAGCGCUGAUGGGCCGUGUGUGGGUGUGGCGUGGGUUACGGCGGGGAAGCAGGGGACGGAUGAGAAUUAUUGCUGGUUGAAGAGUGCCAAGGGGGCGCCGGAUCCGAAGGCGAAUAUUGAGGCUGCGUGGCUUGUGAGGACGUGAGAGAGUUGUGAGUGAAGUGUGAGGUGGGGGGUAAAUGAAGUGAGGGCGGAGUGAGAUGAGUGAGCUAGGUGGAAUGAGUGAAAUGAGAUGAGGAUGAGACGAGAUGGGACGCCUCGGGAUAGCGUUGACGUCUGCAUAUCUUAUUACUACGAUUGUCAUGUUCAAGUUUGUUCACCACUCACGAGAUGAUGUGAAUUCUUGAGGACC